AUGCAAGAGCUUGAGGACAAAGAAAAGCUCACGUCUGACAUCAAAGUUGUGGAGCGUUCCAUCACUCCAUCUACCCAAUCCAUCCUUGACCCAAAUAAACAUGUCAAAUUCGUCGGUCUCUCGGGUUCAAAGCUCAAUUUCUUGAUUGCUAUUGCCGCAGGUGUGGGGUUCGUUUUGUUCGGUUACGAUCAAGGUGUCAUGGGCAGUCUUCUCACUCUACCAUCGUUUCUUCAAAAAUUUCCCGACAUGAACGCUGACACGCACUCAAGAAUGCAAGGCGCUGUAAUUGGCAUAUACGAGAUUGGCUGUUUUCUUGGCUCCAUCUCGUGCUUGCUUUGGGGAAACUUGCUCGGUCGUCGUGCAAUGAUUUGGAUUGGCAGCGUGUUGAUGGCAGUGGGUGCAGUCAUCCAGGUUAUUGGCGAGCACAUAGCCAUGCUCUGGGUAGGACGUAUCAUCGCCGGAAUCGGUAAUGGUCAACAUACUUCCACCAUUCCUGUAUGGCAAUCCGAAUGCUCCGCACCACACCUUCGUGGCAUGCUUAUCAUGAUCGAAGGGUCGCUGAUUGCCUUUGGUAUCAUGGUAUCUUACUGGGUCGAUUUCGCAUUAUUCUGGGCCGACAAGUCAAGUGGUAUUCAUCCUGCGCAGGCGGGCUUCAAAGCUGCCACUAGCAUAGACUCUGUUGCUUGGCGCUUCCCUAUCGCAUUUCAGCUGCUGUUAAUUCUUCCCACCUUCAUCACGAUUUGGCUUCCAGAAAGCCCGCGUUGGCUUGUGCUUGUUGGUCGUGAAGACGAAGCACGGAGCGUACUUUCGGCGCUGAACGAGCGCCCACGCGGUGAUCCAAUCAUUGACACUCUGUUGGACGAGAUCCGUGAGGGUCUAGAAAUUUCAGGCAAGGCCAGGCUGAGCGACUUGUUCAAACAAGGAAAAAGUCACAACUUCCAUCGAACGGCACUAGCAUUCGUGAUCCAGAUGUUCCAACAAAUUAGCGGCAUCAACUUGAUCACGUAUUACGCAGGGACCAUUUUCCAAAACAAUAUCGGUAUGACUGACGUUGUGUCUCGCAUCCUUGCAGCUUGCAAUGGUACAGAGUACUUCCUGGCAUCCAUCGUUGCAAUUUUCACUGUCGAACGCAUAGGUCGGCGAAAGCUUAUGAUCUUUUGUGCUCUUGGCAUGUCGUUCACGAUGGCCGUGCUGACUGGUUUGAUGAGCAAGAGCGCCCUUCAAUAUCAAGACGUCCAAGUUGAUCCGGAACUUUGCGCAACGACAGGCAUAGCAGGUUACUGUGAAAUGAAACCUGGUGAGGCCCAGAAUAAAGGAUAUGCGUACGGUGCCUGUGUCAUGCUGUUUGUGUUUAACACCUUCUUUGGGAUUGGUUGGCUGGGUAUGACUUGGCUGUACCCGGCAGAAUGCACUCCGCUCAGUAUUCGAGCUCAAGCCAAUGGCAUUUCAACGAGUGCUAACUGGCUCUUCAAUUUCAUGGUCGUCAUGAUAACUCCUGUUGCAUUCCACAACAUUCGAAACUAUACCUACCUGAUUUUCUGCGUUAUCAACUUGUUGAUGGCUCCAGCAUCGUGGUGGAUUUUCCCUGAGACGGCUGGUCGCAGUUUGGAGGAAAUGGACGAGUAUUUGCACGUGCCAGCAUUUGGAAUCCAUUCGAUGUUGUGUGCGUCGAGAGAGAUUUCCCACGUCGGUACGAUGCUAAAGGUCGCAUUAAGAAAGGUUACGUGCAGAGUCAUGGCCACAAAAUUGAAGAUUCAAACGCAAAUGGAGUGGCUCCAGAGGACGCAUAGGUUGUUUUGGGAUUCUUUUAUUGUACAUGUAGUUAGGGUGAUUCUAUGGAAAUGA